AUGAAAGUAAAUUGAUAUGUCAUAAACUUUUAGCAAUUUAUAAAGAACCUUGAUUCCACAGAAUGUAAUUUCUAUAGUCAUUUAUCUUUAGAAAAAUCACCCUAAUAAUUAAAAUUAGAUGGAUCAUCCAAUACAUAUUAGAAGUAAAACUUAAACAAAUAAACCUAAGAGGAAUGUCAAAAAAUUAAGAUCAUAAAGAAGCUUGAUUUUAAUAAUGAACUUCUUUUAAUUAAUAAAGAUGGAAUUAUUGGACGAAACACUCGUAAAAUAUCUAAAGAACAAAAAAGUAUUAAUAGUAUAUUAUUUAGUUAAUUCUUGCUAUACAUUAGGUCUUCUAAAUUCUAUAGAACUUAAUCACAAAAAUGAAAUUAUUAACAAAUUGAUCAAAACAAAUGAUAGUGGUUUAUUUUAAGUUUCUAGAACUUCUAAUAUAUAUUGUAAAUGUCGUAAAUCUAAAUGCAUUUAAAACUAUUGUGUUUGUAGUGCUAACAAUUAAGAAUGCACAUUAAAUUGUGAAUGUUAUAAUUGUUCAAACAGAUAACCUAAAGAGGCUCUUUCUAAAAUUUCUUCAAUAGAGUUUAAUGGAUGUAAUUGUAAAAGAUAAAAGUGACUAUCUUUAUUAUUAUUACAUAGUUGUUCCAAACGAUAUUGUGAAUGUCAAAAAAGAAAUAUCAAAUGUACCUCUAAAUGUAAUUGCUGUGAUGAAUGUGAAAAUCAAGAAAUAUAGUCCCUGCCCUUUAAUUUCGAUAGUCCAUCCUGA